AUGUUCCCUAAGAUUACGAAGGUCAAUGGAGCUAGUGCCAGGACAUCCUUAGCGGGGCUCCGAAUUCAUACAGUGAAUGGAACUGCAUGUCACACCCGUGACCAUUCUGUGAGUUUGCUUCGCAAAGCAAAGGCAGGUCCUGUGACUGUCACAGCUGGUUCCCACAACACCAUGGUGGGUUGGGUCCGCAGGAUGGGAUUUGCCAUUAGUGAAUUUCAAGGUGGAUGA